AUUCUGGCGAUUCAAAGGGCGCCGCCGUGGUGUCUGCUUCUGCUUGCACCUUCCUCCCUCCUCCUUCUGCAACAGACACCCGCCCGGCCAUGGCCUCCAUCGAUCCCCCGACCAUCCACUAUGACCGAGCAGAGUACAUCGAGACGGACACUGGAAACAAAGUCAGCCGGAAAUCAGUGAUCUGUGGCAGCCAGAACAUCGUCCUGGGUGGCAAGACCGUCAUCCAAACCGACUCCGUUGUUCGCGGCGACCUGCGGCGAUCCGGUGCUGGCUCGUCCGUGGUUGUGGCGAUCGGUCGAUACUGCCUGUUAGGUCACAAGUCCGUCAUCCGGCCGCCCUACAAAACUUACAAAGGCAUUUUCAGCUAUUACCCGAUGAAGAUCGGCGACUAUGUUCACAUCGGCGACAAUACGAUCGUUGAGGCUGCCAACAUCGGCAGCCACGUCCGGAUCGGCAAAAACUGUGUGAUUGGCCGGUUCACCAUCAUCAAGGACUGUUGCGAGAUCCUGGAUAACACCGUCAUCCCUCCCAACAGCGUUAUUCCGUCGUUCUCGGUCUACAGUGGAAAUCCAGGGGUAUUGGUGGAUGAGCUGCCCGAGUGCAUCGAGGAGCUUUUCGAGACCCAGGCAAAAUCUUUUUACCAUGAACAGUUCCUGGGCAGAUAGAGUCUCGACUGGGCACUGCAGGCAAUCGGCCUCUGACAAUAUAUAGCUUGGACAAGAAAAUCGGGCACCCGAGUAUCCGCUUCGUCGUUGUCUCUGGCGAGUGGCUCGCCUGUAAGAUGUCAUUGACUUGGCGUCGCCCUUGCUGCCGCCAGUUGUCGUGAAUCGAGUGUUCAUUUGAUUUUGCAGGUUCAAGAUCCUGUGAGAUUCGGCGGAUUGUGGUGCACCAACCACACCCACUGAAGUAUGAACGUACCCGCAGUGCAGGCUUUGCUGCGACGGAAGCGUGAUUGUGU